AUGGACAUCUAUUACUAUGUAGUCGUGCCCUUGCACGCGUCCAGACAACAGCGUUCAAAGAAAAAUCACUGCCAAAAACCAAAUGGCAGUCCUGCGCAGAUCGCUCGCGAGAUCGCCCGCGAUACCGUUCGCGCCAAAACAGAUAUCACAGCCUUUCAGUGGAUUCUUGGUCGUCGGGGGAACCAUCCACGAGGCACUCACUGUCUAAAGACAGACUCCAACAGACACUCGAACGUAUUCAGGAACUGCUCGCCAGAGACGUCGAUCAUAACCCUAAACUUUCGGCGGGCCCAGGAGGUUAAGUCACCUUCGAGAGAUUUCGGUCAGGUAGAAGAGGCGGCAGCCACGCCUGUCUCGACCGAUUCACCGGUCAUAAUACAGAGCAAUAAAGGACCGACGGUCGCGAAUACGGACCGGGACUUCGUACCAGCCGCACCCUCCAUGGCUGGAAACAAUAAUCUCGCAACUACCUGCAACGUGUCAUUCGCUGUCCCUCCUGCCACUGAAAUCGUAGACUCUCAGAACUCGAUCCUCGCUUCGGAGACAUUUUCCUUGGCUAAAGAGCUUUUCGGGGAGGGGGAAUCACCAGCGACACCAUCUAUCUGGAACCAUAUGGUUCUAGACGCAAUCCAAACAGAAUCUCGAAAGGGAUUAAACCAGGAUGUUCCUGUCAAGCUCCUAGCUAAAUACGAAAUCAAGGACGAUUUAGCAGCAUUGGCCCCACCGAAACUUAACAAAGAAUUAGCGUCGGUGCUAACUCAAUCAGUGGUCAAGCGUGACGAACACCAACUACUAGCUCAGAGUCAAGUUAGCGCCUGUCUCAACGCUUUCGGUUCAGGCAUUUCCCUCUUGCUGAAACCAGAGGUUACUCAGUCGCUUGACAAUGAGGUUAGGUCGGCCCUAACACUCUUUUCGGAGGGUAUUCACUUACUGGCUGACCAUCAAUAUCGGCUUUCAAUUGCUAGGAGGGCCUUCACCAAGCCCUCUUUAAAUAUUACUGGCAAAAAUGCGGCGGACUCAGCAGCCAUCGACGAUUUUCUUUUCGGACAAAAUUUUGCAGAGACACUCAAGGCCGCCCAAAUCUGUAAGAAGACAGGACGCGAAGUAUCUAAGCCUAUACCUCAAGUGGGAAAAAAGACUCUUCAACCGGUCCGCGGGACGCUUCAACAACAAAAACAGCCAUACAUCUACAAUAAUAAACCGCACCACCCUGUAGUUCUAGAAGCGUUACAGGGAUAUCGCAUUCCCUUUAUCACUCAGCCUCCAGCGAGAGUGUCUCUGGAAGAACCCGUGUGGUCUCAAUCAGAUGCAGUUUUUUGCGAGAAAGAAAUAGAACGCCUGCGAGACAAUGUGGCCAUUGUUCUGGAGUUGAAUAAAUAUAUCGAGACCUCCCACUUUAAAUUAGAGGAUUGGCGUACCGUUAUUCGGCUUAUGCUCCCUGGCACGCAAAUGGCCACCCUGGAUCUCGAGGACGCCUAUCUCCUGGUUCCGAUUUCGGUGGACCACAAAAGAUUUUUACGUUUCCAGUGGCGUAAAAGAACGUAUGAGUUCACAGCUUUACCUUUCGGGCUCUCAACCGCCCCCUAUAUCUUUACCAAGAUCCUUCGGCCCGUAGACACAUUCUUACGCAGUAGGGGCCACCAAUCUGUGAUUUACUUAGAUGACUUCCUCCUCAUGGGUGCUUCUGCCGAGGAGUGUAGAGCCAACAUACGUACCACUAUAAACCUUCUCCAAUCUCUAGGUUUUAUAAUCAAUUUUUCCAAAUCUCACUUAAUCCCAUCGUCUAGAUGCAAAUAUUUAGGGUUCACUUUCGAUUCAAUAGAACAAUCCAUCUCUAUUCCUCCCAGUUGUCGGAAAAAGCUAUGGCAUUUAACUAGGAAUUUGGCUCAAAAAUUUACUUGCGCGAUAAGGGAAUUUGCCAGUCUAAUCGGUUCACUCGUCUCCGUAUGUCCGGCCGUCCAAUACGGACUUCUUUAUACCAAAGCACUGGAGAGAGAGAAAUUUUUAGCGCUCGUCAAUAAUAAUGAAGAUUACACAAAGUUUAUGAGACUCCCUUCUCAUCUACAGGCGGACUUCUCCAGCAUCCUGAAUGACAUAAAUCAAUCCAACGGAAUACGCUCAGGCAAAUUUGAUAGAGAAAUUUUCUCGGACGCCUCUCUAAACGGUUGGGGAGCAUCUUGUGGAGAAUUACGUACACACGGUUGGUGGUCGAAAUCAGACCUGGCUCUUCAUAUAAACGCCUUGGAAUUAAAAGCGGCCUUUAACGGCCUACGAUGUUUCACAUCUGACCUCCAUGAUUGCGAUAUUUUACUACGUAUCGACAGUACGACGGCACUGGCCUACAUCAACAAAUAUGGUUCUAUCCAAUUUCCCCAUCUUUCGGCUAUUGCAAGGGAAAUUUGGCAAUGGUGCGAGAUCCGUAAUAUUUUUAUAUUUGCCUCAUAUGUUUCAUCCUUAGAAAAUUCUAUCGCAGACGCAGAAUCUCGAAUCUCAGAUCCAGAUACAGAAUGGUCACUUUCUAAUGAGGCUUUUAUCAAACUUUCUAACAUUUUCGGGCCUUUCGAUUUAAAUCUUUUCGCGUCUCUAAUCAACAAUAAGUGCGAGGCCUAUGUUUCUUGGUUCCCAGAUCUAGGGACCAACAUCCGUCGUGGAGAACCUUUCCCUGGGGGUCGGGAGAUUAUCCGGGAGGCAUUCGAGGACCGUUUAGUGCCAUCGGCCGCAAUUCCAGCUUUACUUGCUUCCUUGUCAGAGACCACAAUUAAGCAGUACUCCUAUCCGCUUCGCGCCUGGUGGAAUUUUUGUCAGCACAAUCAGAAGCCACUCUUUUCUCCGUCUGUGGCCCAGAUGUUAAACUUCCUCGCUCAAGAACUGCCUAUCUCGUCUUUUUCAAGCCUCAACACUAUGAGGUCAGCAAUCUCCUUAAUCUCAGACAACGAGAUCGGUAACCACCCUAUGGUUAGACGUUUCUGCAAGGGCGUCGCGGUGCUUAAACCACCUCACCCACGAUAUGAUUACAUUUGGGACCCGGCACCGGUAAUAGCAAAACUGUCUUUAAUGUAUCCCUACGAUUCUCUUUCAUCAGCGUCUAUCACCAAAAAACUGGUCCUCCGUCUCGCUCUAGGUUCGGGCCAGCGGGCUCAGACCUUCGCGGCUAUAAGAUUGUCACAAACCUCUCUAAAUGAGAAACUAAUUAUCCGUAUCCCUGACCGUAUAAAAACCUCGGCUCCAGGUCGCUACCAACCUCACCUCUGCUUCUCACGCUUUGCCAGUCAUGCAAAUCUUUGCAUAGUGCAUCUCUUUGAGCAUUAUUUAGACAGAACUAAGGAAUUGCGCCCACCGACUUGCGAUUUUGUAUUCAUUUCUCUUUCUAAACCCUUUAAGGCAGUUACAUCUCAGACUAUCUCUCGCUGGAUUAAACAAACUCUAAAGGAAUGCGGCGUUAACACGGCAAUAUUCUCGGCACAUAGCACUAGACACGCUUCGACUUCGUGUGCCGCAAAAAAGGGAGUCUCCCUUGACAUAAUUAAGCGCACGGUAGGUUGGACUGGGGAGUCUCAAGUUUUCGCAAAUUUCUACACUAGGCCCAUUAUCAGUUCAGAGAACUUCG